CACACACACACAGAGGUACGUACAUAUAUAUAUAAGAGGUUGACACGACUUGACCUGACCAACAGUCGUUCUCAGAGCUUCGUAGGAACAGCAGCACCCAAGAUGUGUGCCGUAACCACAGUGUUCCUGUCAUUCCUUGUCUUCGCUGCAGUCGAAGCAAAGGCCGACAUUGGCGGAGGGUAUGCCGCCCCUGGACUGGGUGUUGGAGGAUUGGGCGUCGGAGGAGUUGGUGUUGGAGGAGUUGGCAUUGGAGGAGUUGGUGUUGGCGGAGGACUUGGCGUCGGAGGACUUGGUAGCAGCUAUGGGGCUCCUGGACUUGGUGUUGGAGGAGUCGGUCCUCUGGGCCCGGUGGGUGACAUCGGCCUAGGAGGAGGAUUUGGAGGGCCAGCCGAUCUUGCCCUUGGAGGAGGAUUUGGAGGGCCAGCCGAUCUUGCCCUUGGAGGAGGAUUUGGAGGGCCAGCCGAUCUUGCCCUUGGAGGAGGAUUUGGAGGGCCAGCUGAUCUUGCCCUUGGAGGAGGACUUGGAGGAGGACUUGGAGGAGGACUUGGCGCAUUCACGAUUGCGCGACUCACUUCGUCACGAAGUACCUCGAAAAGAUUAAAGAGGUCCCCGUCCACCACACCGUCUACCGUACAAGCUGCUCCCAACAGAGGUCUACGAGCCCAAGUACCAGGCAGUCUACAAGACCAUCGUCAAGAACCAUUUCCUCCCCAAGUACGUCACCAAAACGGACUUCGUAGAAACAGUGACCACCCCACAUUGAACAAGGACGUCCUCGUCACCCAGACCCAGGUCAUACCCUCCUACAUCACCCAGACCGAGUUUAAAACCAUCUUCAAGACAGCGGUGGACUACCAGACACAGUACGACACCCAGGUCCUGCCGUCGUACAUCACCACUUAUGAAGUAGCCUACGAGACGCAGUACCUGACCAACAUCGUGCCCGACUACAGCACCAUCUACAAGACUAUCCACGACGUGAAGACCGUGUGUCCCAAACCUGCUUACGGGUACUAG